UAAGCGGCGGUGGCAGCAGCAGCAAGAGGAGGAGAAGCAGCCCCGGUUAUGACUGCCGCAUGUUAAUAGCUGCCGCUGGGUCCCUCGGCUGCUGUUGGAGACAGAGCCUGACUCCGAAGUUGUGCAACUGUGGACUGGGAGAGACAUUUGAACCCUCUUUUCUCUUCGCUCCGCUUCUGCCCCCUUGGCGUGUGUGAAGCGAGGAACCUCAAGGAAGGCGAGCAGUUGGCUCUGGUUUCCGUUCCCCUUUCUCCGAGGCUGUGUGGCAGAAGAAAGGGAAGAGACUUUUUGUUGUUGUUUCCUUGACUGGGGUCUCCACCCUCCUGCUGCUUUCUCCGCGCUUUGAUUCUCGUUCUUAGCCGCCUGUGGUUGGAGGUGUCUGCACGGAGGCCGGCCGGUCUUUUGCCCCGGGCUCAAUGGCUGGAUUGUGGAAACUGCACUCAGGUUGUUGAGCAACUGAUGGGACCAUCUCAGGGACCGGCGGUUACGAAAGUUUCCUUGCCUGGCAGGUGGCCACAUUGAUUAUUCCUGGCAUGUGCUUUAGAAGUGCCUCUCUGAUCCUGACAUGUUUAAUUUGGUAAAUCAGAGGAAAAAAACAUGGAUUUUUAGCAGUUGAAGAGCAAAUUAAGGUUUCAGAUUUGGAACAUUGGUGUUUCUAUUCCGGAGGAAUUUUUCUUUUUCUUUUUAAUUUAAAGAACAAUCGUCAGUCUUGGAAUACAGAAGAGGAACUAGAAAUACACGUAUUUUGUUCCAUAUUUGAACACUCCUUCUUGAAGAAUACUCCCUACCUGAGUAGACAGCCAUGUGGCCAUCGCAGCUACUGAUUUUCAUGACGCUGUUAGCUCCGAUAAUUCAUGGUGGCAAGCACAGUGAGAGACAUCCAGCCCUUCCUGCUCCAUUGCGACACGCUGAGCGCAGCCCAGGAGGCGCUCUUCCACCCAGACAUCUGCUUCAGCAGCCAGCUGCGGAGCGCACCUCUGCUCAUCGCGGACAAGGGCCCCGUGGAGCUACCAGAGGAGUUCGUGGUCCAGGUGCCCAAGGAGCACAGAUUGCAGCCCAAGCUUUCAGCCGUGCCCCAAUUCCGAUGGCUGUGGUCCGCAGAGAGCUAUCCUGUGAGAGCUAUCCUAUAGAGCUCCGUUGUCCAGGAACAGACGUCAUCAUGAUAGAAAGUGCCAAUUAUGGCAGGACUGAUGACAAAAUUUGUGACUCUGACCCUGCUCAGAUGGAGAAUAUCCGAUGUUAUCUUCCAGAUGCCUAUAAGAUUAUGUCUCAAAGAUGCAAUAACAGAACCCAGUGUGCAGUGGUGGCAGGUCCUGAUGUUUUUCCAGACCCGUGUCCAGGAACCUAUAAAUACCUUGAAGUGCAGUAUGAAUGUGUCCCUUACAAAGUGGAACAAAAAGUUUUUCUUUGUCCUGGACUACUAAAAGGAGUAUACCAGAGUGAACAUUUGUUUGAAUCCGACCACCAAUCUGGGGCAUGGUGCAAAGACCCUCUGCAGGCAUCUGACAAGAUUUAUUAUAUGCCCUGGACUCCCUACAGAACUGAUACCCUGACUGAGUAUUCAUCCAAGGAUGACUUCAUUGCUGGGAGACCAACUACAACCUACAAGCUCCCUCAUAGGGUGGAUGGCACAGGAUUUGUUGUGUAUGAUGGAGCUUUGUUCUUCAAUAAAGAGCGCACCAGGAACAUAGUAAAAUUUGAUUUGCGAACUAGGAUAAAGAGUGGAGAGGCUAUCAUAGCAAAUGCCAAUUACCACGAUACCUCCCCCUAUCGAUGGGGAGGCAAAUCUGACAUAGACCUGGCAGUAGAUGAGAAUGGGUUAUGGGUAAUCUAUGCAACAGAACAAAAUAAUGGUAAAAUUGUCAUUAGUCAAUUGAACCCUUACACCCUACGGAUAGAAGGAACAUGGGAUACUGCAUAUGAUAAAAGGUCUGCUUCCAAUGCCUUUAUGAUUUGUGGAAUCCUGUACGUGGUCAAAUCUGUAUAUGAGGAUGAUGACAAUGAGGCCACUGGGAAUAAAAUUGACUACAUUUACAACACUGACCAAAGCAAGGAUAGUUUGGUGGAUGUACCCUUUCCCAAUUCAUACCAGUACAUUGCAGCUGUGGAUUACAACCCAAGGGACAACCUUCUUUAUGUAUGGAAUAACUACCACGUCGUGAAAUAUUCUUUGGAUUUUGGACCUCUGGAUAGUAGAUCAGGGCAGGCACAUCAUGGACAAGUUUCAUACAUUUCUCCACCAAUUCACCUUGACUCUGAGCUAGAAAGACCAUCUGUUAAAGAUAUCUCUACCACAGGACCUCUUGGCAUGGGAAGCACAACCACCAGUACCACCCUUCGGACCACAACUUUGGGCCCAGGAAGGAGUACCACGCCGUCAGUGUCAGGAAGGAGAAACCGGAGUACUAGCACCCCAUCUCCAGCUGUCGAGGUGCUUGAUGACAUGACCACACACUUUCCAUCAGCAUCGUCCCAAAUCCCAGCUCUCGAAGAGAGCUGUGAGGCUGUGGAAGCCCGAGAAAUCAUGUGGUUUAAGACUCGUCAAGGACAGAUAGCAAAGCAGCCAUGCCCUGCAGGAACUAUAGGUGUAUCAACUUAUCUGUGCCUUGCUCCUGAUGGAAUUUGGGAUCCCCAAGGACCUGAUCUCAGCAACUGUUCUUCUCCUUGGGUCAACCAUAUAACACAGAAGUUGAAAUCUGGUGAGACAGCUGCCAACAUUGCUAGAGAGCUGGCUGAACAGACAAGAAAUCACUUGAAUGCUGGGGACAUCACCUACUCUGUCCGAGCCAUGGAUCAGCUGGUAGGCCUCCUGGAUGUACAGCUUCGGAACUUGACCCCAGGUGGAAAAGAUAGUGCUGCCCGGAGUUUGAACAAGCUUCAGAAAAGAGAGCGCUCUUGCAGAGCCUAUGUCCAGGCAAUGGUCGAGACAGUUAACAACCUCCUUCAGCCACAAGCUUUGAAUGCGUGGAGAGACCUGACUACGAGCGAUCAGCUGCGUGCGGCCACCAUGUUGCUUCAUACGGUGGAGGAAAGUGCUUUUGUGCUGGCUGAUAACCUUUUGAAGACUGACAUUGUCAGGGAGAACACAGACAAUAUUAAAUUGGAAGUUGCAAGGCUGAGCACAGAAGGAAACUUAGAAGACCUAAAAUUUCCAGAAAACAUGGGCCAUGGAAGCACUAUCCAGCUGUCUGCAAACACUUUAAAGCAAAAUGGUCGAAAUGGAGAGAUCAGAGUGGCCUUUGUCCUGUAUGAUAACUUGGGUCCUUAUUUGUCCACGGAGAAUGCCAGUAUGAAGUUGGGAACAGAAGCUUUGUCCACAAAUCAUUCUGUUAUUGUCAAUUCCCCUGUUAUUACGGCAGCAAUAAACAAGGAGUUCAGUAACAAGGUUUAUUUGGCUGAUCCUGUGGUGUUUACUGUUAAACAUAUCAAGCAAUCAGAGGAAAAUUUCAACCCUAACUGUUCAUUUUGGAGCUACUCCAAGCGCACAAUGACAGGUUAUUGGUCAACACAAGGCUGUCGGCUCCUGACAACAAAUAAGACACAUACUACAUGCUCUUGUAACCACCUAACAAAUUUCGCAGUACUGAUGGCACAUGUGGAAGUUAAGCACAGUGAUGCGGUCCAUGACCUCCUUCUGGAUGUGAUCACGUGGGUUGGAAUUUUGCUGUCCCUUGUUUGUCUCCUGAUUUGCAUCUUCACAUUUUGCUUUUUCCGCGGGCUCCAGAGUGACCGUAACACCAUCCACAAGAACCUUUGCAUCAGUCUCUUUGUAGCAGAGCUGCUCUUCCUGAUUGGGAUCAACCGAACCGACCAGCCAAUUGCCUGUGCUGUUUUCGCUGCCCUCUUACAUUUUUUCUUCUUGGCCGCCUUCACCUGGAUGUUUCUGGAGGGAGUGCAGCUCUAUAUCAUGCUGGUGGAGGUUUUUGAGAGUGAACAUUCACGUAGGAAAUACUUUUAUCUGGUUGGCUAUGGGAUGCCUGCCCUCAUUGUGGCUGUGUCAGCUGCAGUAGACUACAGGAGUUAUGGAACAGAUAAAGUAUGUUGGCUCCGACUUGACACCUACUUCAUUUGGAGUUUUAUAGGACCAGCAACCUUGAUAAUUAUGCUUAAUGUAAUCUUCCUUGGGAUUGCUUUAUAUAAAAUGUUUCAUCAUACUGCUAUACUGAAACCUGAAUCAGGCUGUCUUGAUAAUAUCAACUAUGAGGAUAACAGACCCUUCAUCAAGUCAUGGGUUAUAGGUGCAAUAGCUCUUCUCUGCCUAUUAGGAUUGACCUGGGCCUUUGGACUCAUGUAUAUUAAUGAAAGCACAGUCAUCAUGGCGUAUCUCUUCACCAUUUUCAAUUCUCUACAGGGAAUGUUUAUAUUUAUUUUCCAUUGUGUCCUACAGAAGAAGGUACGAAAAGAGUAUGGGAAAUGCCUGCGAACACAUUGCUGUAGUGGCAAAAGUACAGAGAGUUCCAUUGGUUCAGGGAAAACAUCUGGCUCUCGAACUCCUGGGCGCUACUCCACAGGCUCACAGAGCCGAAUCCGUAGAAUGUGGAAUGACACGGUUCGAAAGCAGUCAGAGUCUUCCUUUAUUACUGGAGAUAUAAACAGUUCAGCAUCACUCAACAGAGGAGCCAUGGCUAAUCAUCUUAUAAGCAAUGCUCUGCUUCGUCCGCAUGGUACUAACAAUCCCUAUAAUACAUUGCUGGGGGAACCGGCGGUCUGUAACAACCCUUCUGUCAGCAUGUACAACGCACAAGAGCCCUACAGAGAGACAAAGGGGCUUCUGAACAAUGCCAGGGAUACAAGUGUCAUGGAUACUCUACCACUGAAUGGUAACCAUGGCAAUAGUUACAGCAUUGCCAGCGGCGAAUACCUGAGCAACUGUGUGCAAAUCAUAGACCGUGGCUAUAACCAUAACGAGACGGCCCUAGAGAAAAAGAUUCUGAAGGAACUCACUUCCAACUAUAUCCCUUCGUACCUGAACAACCACGAGCGCUCCAGCGAACAGAACAGGAAUCUGAUGAACAAGCUGGUGAAUAACCUUGGCAGUGGAAGGGAAGAUGAUGCCAUUGUCCUGGAUGAUGCCACCUCGUUUAACCAUGAGGAGAGUUUGGGCCUGGAACUCAUUCAUGAGGAAUCUGAUGCUCCUUUGCUGCCCCCAAGAGUAUACUCCACUGAGAACCACCAGCUACACCAUUUUACCAGAAGGCGGAUCCCCCAAGACCACAGUGAGAGCUUUUUCCCUUUGCUAACCAACGAGCACACAGAAGAGCUCCAGUCACCCCAUAGAGACUCUCUCUAUACCAGCAUGCCGACACUGGCUGGUGCGGCCGCCACAGAGAGUGUUACCACCAGCACCCAGACCGAACCCCCAUCGGCCAAAUGUGGUGAUGCCGAAGAUGUUUACUACAAAAGCAUGCCAAACCUAGGCUCCAGAAACCACGUCCAUCAGCUGCACACUUACUACCAGCUAGGUCGUGGCAGCAGUGAUGGAUUUAUAGUUCCUCCCAACAAAGAUGGGACCCCACCCGAGGGAAGUUCAAAAGGACCUGCUCAUUUGGUCACUAGUCUAUAGAAGAUGACACGGAAAUUGAAACCAACAAAACUGCUAACAUCUUGUUGACUAUUCUGAGUUGAUAUAAGCAGUGGUAAUAAUGUGUGUACUCCUAAAUCUUUAUGCUGUCCUCAAAAGACAAACAGAAACUCUCAGACUUUUUUUUUUUUUAAAUGGGAUUUUUAGGUCAGCCCAGGGGAGAAAGAUAACUGCUAAAAUUCCCCUGUUGUACCCCACCCAUCCUUUCUUGUCCUUUCCCCUUCAGAUGGAGACUUCAUUAUGUUAAUGAACAAGAUAUGAAGAAAAUGGCACUCAUUGUGGCCUUGUUGAAUUAUGUUGUGUAUGGUUUAACAUCUCUGAUGCUCUGUUACUAAAAUUACAAGGACCUGCUUUUUAAAAGGCCAGAACAGUUGUCUGAAAUUAGUAACAAUGCUGCAUCUAGAUUGGAGUGAUGCACAAACAAAUAUAAAAGCAAAGCAAAACUGUAUCACCUAGUGGUUUUGGUCACUCAUAACCUGAAUUCACCACAGCUGGAAUAGUUGUGGAAAACAAUAAAACAACAAAAUUAAUAAUGAAAUGGAGGGGAAUUCUAGAAUUAUAUGCUAAAUGCAUAUUUUAUGAUUUGCUGUAUUAACUGAUGAUAAAACUAAUGGCAGAAAAAAAGUUGAACAAUUUCUAUGUAAUGUACAGAUACUAGCAUUGCACAUAUAGUCUGCUUUCUGUUCCUCCAGAAUUUGAGUCCUGUUAAUGUAGUAGGAAAAAAAAAAAAUGAAAUUUUCUUUUUCUUUUGUGCUGGUCUUGCAAGUUUGUCUACCAGUAAGAGAGCAAAGUUUCCUUCCUUUCUUCUCUUUCUUUUUUCAUUUUCUUUUUCUUUUUUUCUAUUUUGCUUUUUUUUUCUUUAAAAUUUCACCAGGCAAAAAAAAAAAAAAUGAAUAAAUGAAACUAUCACUUUAUAAGAAUCAUUUUCUAGUAAUGCAAACAAAUUAUUUUUUACAAAAAAAAUAAAAUAAAUAAGACUUCCUUCCCUCACUAUAUAUCUUUAUGCAGUCAGAAUAUUUCCAACAGUGUUUUUUGCAAAUUAGAGCAGGACAAACUCUUAUGUUUACAGGGCACAUUUGUUGUAAUACAAAGCAUAUUUGGCAAGGGUUCAUCACCAGAACACUAGCUAUGAUUCUAGAAGUCAAGAGGUAUCUAUAGAACUAGUGGGCCUCUGCAUGUGAAAACGGUUUCCAUAGGCAUUAAAUGCUGAAUACUCAGUCUGAUCCACUAGUGGGCACCUGCACUACCAAUUUUUAGAGGAAAUACACUCCCUCGUAGUAAGAAUUGAAAGGUCAAAUUAUUUUGCAGUGAUUAAAAAAAAAGUUCUGUUUAUUAACAGGAAAAUUUAUUUAUUUGACAGGAUUUUGAGUAAUGUAGGAAUACAAGAGGUAAAUUAGCAGCACAUAAUUUUUUUUUUAAUUUAUGAUCCAUUUUGUAUGGUCUCAAAGUUGGAUGACCUCAUUACUAAUAUUUGUUGUAAAAGUGAAACUUGUUUGCCAACCAAUAAACAACUGAUUGAGAUUUAGAAGA